AUGGUGGUGUCUAGAACGAAGGUUCGGGACAAUCAGAAUAAUCAGAUUGGAACGCUCACCUGUCUUUUCUGCCUUUGUACCCACUGUGUCCAGGGCCGGGCACGCAGGCCUCCACCUGAGCAGCACAGGCAUUGUGAGGGAUGUAUCAACCGCCACUGCCACGUUCCGGUGGAACCCAGCGUCUCCUGCCAGGUGAUAAGCUGCCACCUGCUCUGUGGCGCUACCUUCCACAUGUGCAAAGAGGCAGAGCACACACUCCUCUGCCCUCUAGAGCAGGUUCCGUGCCUCAACUCCGAGUAUGGCUGCCCGCUCUCCAUGGCACGCCACAAGCUGGCUAAGCACCUGCAGGUGUGCCCCGCCAGCGUGGUCUGCUGCUCCAUGGAAUGGAACCGCUGGCCGAAUGUGGACUCAGAAACGGUCCUUCAUGAGAACAUCAUGAAAGAGACUCCCAGCGAGGAGUGUUUGGACACAGCCCUGGCCCUCCAGGACCAGAAGGUUCUCUUCAGAUCCUUGAAAAUGGUAGAGCUUUUCCCAGAAACCAGAGACGCCACCGAGGAGGAACCAGCCAUGAAUGGUGACACCAGCUGGGAGGAGACCGGAGGUGCAGUCGGGGGAGUGGAUGCCAGGCCAGUACCACACUGUUGUCUGCCAGCAACUAACGGGCAGAUGAUGGAACUCAGUCAGGAAGAAAAAGAUGCACUGGCAAAAACCAAAGAAGGAAUGGACCUGGCCAAGUUUGGCAAGUGGGAAAGUAUGUUCAGCAAGGAGCAUGCAGCCUCGGUUUUAACCAGUUUCUUGGGGAAGAGUGAAGACAAGAGUGGGAAUGUGACCAGGAAAGAGCAGUGUUCCAGUAAUGGUAACACAGGUGAUGCAGAGGGCUCUCCCGGAGGAAGAGAACCACAGGAAAGCCCGAAGCCCCAGGAUCUUCCUACUGCCAUGGAGAUGACAGGGCUUGCCCCCUGGCAGGAUGGUGUUCUGGAAAGACUAAAAACAGCCGUAGAUGCCAAAGAUUAUAACAUGUAUCUGGUGCACAACGGGCGGAUGCUCAUCCACUUCGGGCAGAUGCCAGCUUGUACGCCCAAGGAGAGAGACUUUGUUUACGGCAACCUUGAGGCUCAAGAAGUGAAAACGGUUUACACCUUCAAAAUUCCUGUGAGUUACUGUGGGAAGCGAGCUCGCCUGGGAGAUGCCAUGUUGAGGUGCAGACCAAGUGAACACAAGGCUGUGGACACUUCCGAUUUGGGCGUCUGUGUGGAGGACCUGCCCAAAUCCGAUCUCAUCAAGACCACCCUCCAGUGUGCUUUGGAAAGAGAACUCAAAGGCCAUGUCAUCUCUGAAUCCAGGAGCAUCGAUGGGCUCUUUAUGGACCUUGCCACCCAAACAUAUAAUUUUGAGCCAGAGCAGUUUUCCUCAGAGACAGCGUUGGCUGAUGUCCUAGGCACCACUGCCCAACCCGGGGGCCUGCAUGUGGAACUCCAUAGUGAGUGCGUGACCCGGAGACACAAUAAAAGCAGCUCAGCCUUCACUUUCACCUGCAAUAAAUUCUUCAGGAGGGAUGAAUUUCCCCUGCACUUCAAGAACGUCCACACAGACAUUCAGUCGUGUCUCAAUGGCUGGUUCCAGCAUCGAUGCCCUCUCGCCUACCUGGGAUGUACAUUUGUCCAAAACCACUUCCGGCCCCCUGGACAAAAAGCGAAAGUAAUCUACAGCCAAGAGCUGAAGACCUUUGCCAUCAAGCCAGAGGUUGCUCCAGAGCUGAGUGAGGGAUGGGAGAGCGAUCAGCUCUCGGGCCAUGGCAGGAAAAGCCUGAAUUCUCUAACCAGCCUGCCCCUGGAGGUUUUGCAAUACAUUGCUGGGUUUCUGGACAGCAUCAGCCUGGCCCAGCUCUCCCAGGUGUCGGUACUGAUGAGGAACAUCUGUGCCACUUUGUUGCAAGAGAGAGGGAUGGUCCUCUUGCAAUGGAAGAAGAAGAGGUACUCUCAUGGAGGCACCUCCUGGAAAGUCCACAGUCAGGUCUGGCAGUUCAGCAGCCUCUUCUCCAAAAUCAAGAGCUGGGAGUUUAACGAAGUCACCUCCAUGUCUGAACACCUGAAAACCUGUCCUUUCAACAUCGUGGAGCACAAGACUGACCCGAUUCGUCUGACCAGCAUGUGCCAGCCCCAAGAACAGGCCCGGGAGAGCUUGGUGUCCACGUUCAGGGCCCGACCACGGGGUAGACACACUUAA